GCCUUUUACCAUGUGAUCAGCUAUGUCCAAUUACACAGCUGAUGACAAACAUGAGGAAGGUUCUGCCGAUAACUGGCAAGUGUCGCAGAGGACAUCUGCACUGAUUGUCAGUGCCCUGAUUACCAGUGCGGACCCAUAAGUGCCCAGCAUGGCGCCCAGCAGUGCCACCCAGCAGUGCCAGCAGUCAGUGCCAGCAGUCAGUGCUGCCUAUCAGUGCCCAUCAAUGCUGCAUAUCAUGCAGCAUCAUCAGUGCCUCCUCAUCAAUUUCCACCAGUGCAGCCUCAUCAGUGCAGCCUAACAGUGCCCGUCAGUGCUGCCUAUCAGUGCUGCCUCAUCAGGGCCCAUCAG